GCUCUCCUGCCAAGCGCCCGGUGGCGGCUCUGCCCCUGCUCCAAGUGAUCUCGCACAUACAGCCGGCCCUGCUUCAAAAGUUCAGGCAGAGGGACAACAAAGCAAUUUGUUUUGUUGUCCCGCUGUUCUGAGCCGGGAGGGGGAAGACCCGGCAUGGCUGAUGCUAGCUCCAGGACUGACACCUCCAUAGUUGUGGACACAGACGACAAGAAUCAAAGGAUGGAAAACGGACAAAAUGGAGCUAUUGUGCCUUCCAAUUCUUCUGAUCCAUCUGACAGGUCUGACAGGCCUAUGGACCAAAAGGUCUUACGGCGACUUGCCCAAAAUCGCGAGGCGGCACGAAAAAGUCGUCUGCGAAAAAAGGCAUAUGUACAACAGCUAGAGAGCAGUAAGCUGAAACUUGCAAGUCUAGAGCAAGAGCUCCAGAAAGCUCGACAACAGGGAAUCUUCAUUUCUAGCUCUGGAGAUCAAACUCAUGCUAUGAGUGGAAAUGGAGCAAUGACAUUUGAUUUAGAAUAUACUCGAUGGCUAGAAGAGCAAAACAAGCAGAUAAAUGAGCUGAGAACUGCAGUAAAUGCGCAUGCAAGUGAUAGUGACCUCCGUCUCAUUGUAGAUGGGAUAAUGGCACAUUAUGACGAAAUAUUCAAGCUCAAGGGUGGUGCUGCAAAGGCUGAUGUGUUUCAUAUGCUUUCAGGCAUGUGGAAAACACCUGCUGAAAGGUGUUUUUUGUGGCUCGGGGGUUUCCGUUCGUCUGAGCUUCUGAAGCUUCUUGUAAAUCAGCUUGAGCCUCUAACAGAGCAGCAGUUGAUGGGGUUAUCCAACCUCCAGCAAUCCUCGCAUCAAGCUGAGGAUGCACUAUCGCAAGGAAUGGAGGCACUGCAGCAAUCGCUGGCAGAAACGUUGGCUGGUUCUCUUGGCCCAUCAGGAUCUGCAGGAAACGUGGCAAACUACAUGGGUCAAAUGGCUAUGGCCAUGGGAAAACUUGGAACCAUUGAGAAUUUCCUUCGUCAGGCUGACAAUCUACGGCAGCAAACUUUGCAUCAAAUGCAAAGAAUCCUAACAAUACGGCAAGCUGCUCGCGCUCUCCUUGCAAUACAUGAUUAUUUUUCACGUUUGCGUGCCCUGAGCUCUCUCUGGCUUGCUAGGCCACGGGAGUAACUUACUGUGCGCCAUCUUUUGGUUCUUCACGAGCUGAUCCUGGAAAUGUGGGCAAAUUGCGACGCAUUUGGGGAAGACUGGUUGUUCAGUUCACUCUGGAAAGAUAUAUAUUGACACCUCUGGUUUCGUAUUGUACUUCGAUGUUGUACAAGUAGGGGUAACGCUUGUAACUGUAAGUUAUGAUGAAUUUAUGAUUGACAUAUUGUACAAUUGUACUAGCAAUAAAAGUAGAUAAAGCUGCAA